UGUUGGGGAAGGGGAGGGGGGGAGAGAGAGGCACUCGGGACUGAGGCCCGGCAGCGGCCUGGCUGCUGCUGCUGAGGGAGGCGGCCUCGGGCCGGGCCUGGAGGAGGGCACGUGGAUCCCAAGCCCAUUCAUGCAUCGAGCGUUCUCUUUUUUAAGUCAUGGAUGACAAGGCCUCUGUUGGAAAAAUCAGUGUGUCGUCAGACUCGGUUUCUACUCUUAACAGCGAGGAUUUUGUCUUGAUUUCCAGGCAGGGAGAUGAAACGCCGUCCACCAAUAACGGCAGCGACGACGAAAAGACAGGACUGAAGAUUGUAGGGAAUGGGAGUGAGCAGCAGCUGCAGAAGGAGCUUGAGGAUGUCCUGAUGGAUCCCCCCAUGGAAGACCCACCCAACGACCGGGAACAUGAAGAGGAGGAGGAGGAGGAGGAGGAGGACAACUCCCACGAUGGAGAGGGAGACGAGCCGGUCCUCCUCGAAGCCUCGGCGUCCUCCACCAUUAAUCCCGUGUCUGUGUCAGGACUCCAGAAACCGGGGAUGAGUUUGCCGGUGAAACCAGCGCAAGGAGAUUCCAGCGAGUCGAGUCCUUUCACCCCAGUGGCCGACGAGGACAGCGUGGUCUUCAGCAAACUCACAUACUUGGGCUGCGCCUCCGUCAACGCCCCCAGGAGCGAGGUGGAAGCCCUGAGGAUGAUGUCCAUCUUACGAAGCCAAUGCCAGAUCUCCGUGGACGUCACCCUUUCCGUGCCUAACGUGUCCGAAGGAACCGUGAGGCUGCUGGAACCUCCGUCGAACACCGAAAUUGCCAACUACCCCAUUUACAAAAUCCUCUUCUGCGUGCGGGGCCAUGACGGGACUCCGGAGAGCGACUGCUUUGCUUUCACCGAAAGCCAUUACAACUCGGAGCUCUUCAGGAUCCACGUUUUCCGAUGUGAAAUCCAAGAAGCCGUGAGCCGCAUCUUGUACAGUUUCGCCACCGCCUUUCGCCGUUCCUCCAAGCAAACCCCGCUCGCGGCCCCCGUCGCCCCGCCCACUCCGGACAGUGACAUCUUCACGUUCUCCGUCUCCCUGGAAAUCAAGGAAGACGAUGGGAAGGGCUAUUUCAGCGCUGUUCCCAAAGACAAAGACCGACAGUGCUUCAAGCUACGGCAGGGGAUCGACAAGAAGAUCGUCAUCUACGUCCAGCAGACGACCAACAAAGAGCUGGCCAUUGAAAGGUGUUUUGGCCUCCUCCUCAGCCCCGGGAAGGACGUUCAGAGCGGUGACAUGCAUUUGUUGGAUCUGGAAUCGAUGGGGAAAAGUUCGGAUGGGAAAUCGUACGUCAUCACCGGGAGCUGGAACACAAAGUCCCCCCACUUCCAGAUUGUGAACGAAGAAACCCCCAAAGACAAAGUGCUGUACCUGACGACGGCCGUGGACUUGGUGAUCACAGAGGUCCAGGAGCCGGUCCGCUUCCUCCUGGAGACAAAGAUCCGCGUGUGCCCUCCCAACGAGCGGCUCUUCUGGCCGUUCAGCAAGCGGAGCUCCACAGAAAACUUCUUCCUUAAGCUGAAGCAGAUCAAGCAGAAGGACCGGAAGAGCAGCACAGACACGCUGUACGAAGUCGUGUCCCUGGAGAGCGAGUCGGAACGGGAGCGGAGGAAAACCACCGCCAGCCCGGCACUCCGCUUGCCCCAGUCGGGAUCCCAGGGGUCUAUGGUCCCCUCCCCUCCUGAGGAUGAUGAAGAAGAAGACAACGACGAGCCCCUCCUGAGUGGCUCGGGGGACGUCUCCAAAGAGUGCGCGGAGAAGAUCCUGGAGACCUGGGGAGACCUUUUGUCGAAGUGGCAUUUGAAUCUCAGCGUGCGACCAAAAACAUUGCCUGCCUUGGUGAGGAGCGGCGUCCCCGAAGCUCUCCGGGGGGAGGUUUGGCAGCUGCUGGCAGGAUGCCACAACAACGACCAUCUCGUGGAGAAGUACCGGGUUCUCAUCACAAAAGAAUCGCCCCAGGACAGCGCCAUCACCCGGGACAUCAACCGGACCUUCCCUGCACACGAUUACUUCAAGGACACAGGGGGAGAUGGGCAAGACUCACUUUAUAAGAUAUGCAAGGCCUAUUCCGUCUAUGAUGAAGAGAUCGGCUACUGCCAAGGCCAGUCCUUCCUCGCUGCUGUUUUGCUCCUGCACAUGCCCGAGGAGCAGGCUUUUAGUGUUCUGGUCAAAAUCAUGUUUGACUAUGGACUCAGGGAGCUUUUCAAACAAAACUUUGAGGAUUUACACUGCAAGUUUUACCAGUUGGAGCGCCUCAUGCAGGAAUACAUUCCCGACCUGUAUAACCACUUCCUGGACAUCAGCCUUGAAGCCCACAUGUACGCCUCCCAGUGGUUCCUCACGCUUUUCACAGCAAAAUUCCCACUUUACAUGGUCUUCCACAUCAUUGAUCUGCUCUUGUGUGAGGGCAUCAGUAUUAUCUUUAACGUGGCUCUCGGAUUGUUAAAAACGACCAAGGAUGACCUGCUGCUGACAGACUUUGAAGGCGCCCUCAAGUUCUUCCGUGUGCAGCUGCCCAAGAGGUACCGAUCGGAGGAAAACGCCAAGAAGCUGAUGGAGCUGGCCUGUAGCAUGAAGAUCAGCCAAAAGAAGCUAAAGAAGUAUGAACGGGAAUACCACACCAUGAGAGAGCAGCAGGCUCAGCAGGAGGACCCCAUUGAAAGGUUUGAGCGAGAGAACCGGCGCUUGCAGGAGGCGAACAUGAGGCUGGAGCAAGAGAAUGACGACCUGGCCCACGAACUGGUGACGAGCAAGAUCGCCCUGAGGAAGGACUUGGACAACGCGGAGGAAAAGGCCGACGCCCUGAACAAGGAGCUGCUCAUGACCAAGCAGAAGCUGAUCGAUGCUGAGGACGAGAAGCGGCGCCUAGAAGAGGAAUCGGCACAGCUGAAGGAGAUGUGUCGUCGGGAGCUGGACAAGGCCGAGUCGGAGAUUAAGAAGAACAGCUCCAUCAUUGGGGACUACAAGCAGAUCUGCUCCCAGCUGAGCGAGAGGCUGGAGAAACAGCAGCUGGCCAACAAAGCCGAAGUUGAAAAGAUCCGGCAAAAAGUUGAUGACUGUGAACGUUGCCGGGAGUUUUUCAACAAGGAAGGGCGGGUGAAGGCGGCCACCGUCGCCCGAGAAGGCUCCGAUGAGGAGGCGGACGAGGAGAAGGAGGCGCUGAAGAACCAGCUGCGGGAAAUGGAGCUGGAACUGGCCCAGACUAAGCUGCAGCUGGUGGAGGCCGAGUGCAAAAUCCAGGAUCUCGAGCACGACUUGGGGCAAGCGCUGAACGAGGUGCAGGCUUCCCGAAAGACCUGGUUCAACCGAACGCUGAGCUCGAUCAAGACCGUGACGGGCGUCCAAGGGAAAGAGACCUGCUGAAGGGCCAGCGACCCUCCCUCCGCCCGAGGCGGCUCCCGUCGGGGAGAUGCCUGCCUCCUGUCGUUGGAGAGGGGGGGAACCUUCUGCCUUCCAGCACCUGCCUUGACCCAAUGCCGCAGGGGAGGGAGCGGACCAGCAUGUACAUAAAACUCCAGAAAACACAGCACAGGUCAGAGGGGAGGGGCUUUCCCACAGGUCAGUGACCCAGGCCGGAUCCGAGACGCGGUCUCUCUUCAUACUACUGAUUAUUUAACCAUGGGGGUGUAGCUGUAGGCUGAAGGCUCUUUACUUUUUUUUUUUCUUUUGGAGCGAGAAAGACCAAACACUCCAUUCUACAGUCUGGCUGUUUUGCAAACCCUAGGUACGAGAGAAGAGCUGACCCAAACCUCUCUUAACUUAUUAAGUUUACAUACGAGAGCUUUCUCCCCCCCCUCCCCUUUCUUUCCGUUACAACUUUUCAAACAUUUUAUUUGAAAGGAGCGAAAUAAAUGAAUGAAACUUCUUCGCAAGGAGUUGCUUUCCGUGUCAGAGACCAGUCUCUUCCUUAUCCCGUCACCUUUUUGAAGCAGGUCCCCACAACCCGCCGGAACCCAGUGUGUGUGUGCGUGUCUAGCUGUCUUCGCUUAAUCCUUUGUUUCCCUCGUUCAUCAAUUCUAUGCAAAUCUGAGGGAAAAGCGUCUCUACCCAUUUUUUUUUAAAACUGCUUGUCACCCCACGACUCUUUCAGAGUAACUGGAUUUCCCCAGUGCAGAAGCACGGCAGACGCACGUCUGAGUCCAAACUAAAACUUGGAAAAGUUAUUAUUUCUCUAACUACAACAAACUCCCCCCAAUCCCUCCUGUGUUCUGGGUGUUAUAGUCCAAAGAAGAAGGAAAAAAGAACUUUUGUCAGCUGUGGUUCAGAUGGGACUAUAACCAUACCCAAGCCCGUUCCUGUUGAAAUCAGUGUAAGCGCCAUCCCCCUCAUCCAUUCAGUUUCAGGGGAAUCCUCCGGGUCUAGGCCGGUCUCUCUGUCCCAGAAACCGUAGCUUUGUACUCUGACUUACAGGAAGCACAAGAACCUUGUAUUUUUAACCGGUGUCCGUUUUUUAUUUUUUGCUUUGGUCUGUGCGCAUAUACGUUUCUCUGCUGCCAAGGUGCUUUUCCAGUUUUGCACAGAGACGGGAGUAGGAUGCAGACUGAGAUUACAAAGGAGAGGAACCGUCAUUUGACGGAUGCUGCUUGAUCUCUAUCCCGGGCUCUUCCAGGGUACUACUAGCCCUCCGGACAGCUGCCUGGGUCGUUUCCCUUCUCUUCUCCCCCACCCCCACCCCUUUUAGGAGUCCUUUCUUCCGGCCCUUCCCCUCAAUGCUUCUUAUAACUACAUCAGUAGGUACUAAUGCUGCUUGGAUUUCUGAGCGCUUAGAUUAUCCCCGACUUCUCACCAGAAAAAGCUGUAGAAUGGAGGUUUUGCACCUUUUGUGUUAUUAUAUGUUCUUUUCUUUUUAAUUUAUACUGGUUUGCGCUGAGCUGAAAUAGCUAUCGUAUCGGCGGAUAAACUUCUAUUGGGCGCAGCCUGUGAGUAUAAUAAGCUGGUUACCCACAAGAGACACUGGUCUGUAUAUAAAGAUAAUUUGUAUUUCUACGUUAUUUUUCUCGUCGACCAGACUAAUGCAGCAACUGAGAUGGUAAAAGGUGAGGCCUGAGCGUUCAUGAUUUCUCUUCUCCCCUCCCCCCAAAAAACUGUGUACAUGAUUAUCCUUAUUGUUUAAUAAUACUACCAAAAAAAA